GGGGAAUAGCGCUGUAAGCAGCACCAUGGCUGGAGAGGAUGCGCUGCAGUUUUACCGAGACCUCCCUAAAGUGGAGCUUCAUGCACAUCUGAAUGGUUCUAUAAGUACAGCUACUAUGAAGAAACUGAUGGCCCGCAAACCACAUCUAGAUAUCCAGCAUGGAAUGACUAUGAUUGACAAAGGGCAGAAAAGGACACUUGAAGAAUGUUUUCAGAUGUUUCGAAUAAUACACCAAAUCACAGAUACUGCUGAAGAUAUUUUAUUGGUAACAAAGGAUGUCAUUAAAGAAUUUGCUACUGACGGCGUGAAGUAUUUAGAACUGCGAAGUACACCUAGAGAUACUCCUGCUGGUUUAACAAAACGGGCCUAUGUGGAGACUGUACUUGAGGGCAUAAAGCAGUGUAAGGAAGAGGAAGUGGAUAUAGAUGUUAGAUUCUUGUUGGCUAUCGACAGAAGGGGGGGACCCUCAGCUGCAAAGGAAACUGUUAAGCUUGCUGAAGAUUUCUUCUGUUCAAGCAAUGAACUGGUUCUAGGUUUGGAUCUCAGUGGUGACCCAACUGUGGGACAUGGAAGAGACUUCAUGGAACCUUUAAACAAAGCUAGACAAUCCGGCCUGAAAUUGGCUCUACAUUUAUCAGAGAUUCCCAGUCAAGCAGAAGAGACAGAACUCCUUCUUGGACUCCCCCCGGAUCGGAUUGGGCAUGGCACGUUUCUUUCUACCUCAGAUCACAUUGUUGAGAUCGUGAAAAAACAGCAUAUACCUCUAGAACUCUGCAUUACCUCAAACAUCAAAGGACAAACAGUUUCCACAUACAACGAGCACCAUUUUGGAUUUUGGUAUAAUCUCCAUCAUCCAUUUGCGCUAUGUACAGAUGAUAAAGGAGUCUUUGCGACAGAUCUUUCAGUGGAAUAUGAAAUUGCUGCUAAGGCAUUUAACUUGAGUCCACACCACGUAUGGGAUCUGUCCUAUCAAGCCAUUGAUUAUACCUUUGCAUCAGCAGGCGUCAAAGAGAACUUGAAGGAGAAGUGGAUGCUGCUAAAGCCAGAUGUGUUCAGACAUGCACUUUAAAAGCUGGAUAAUUAGAGAAUUUACUAAUGAUUGCUAUCCAUAUGGCAGAAAGGGGGUAUGGGUGAAUAUGUGUUGAAUAUUGGGCUGAGGUUCAUGCGAACAAAUUGUUUGUUUUUAUUCUGGUUUUAGUAAGCUAAUAUAAACCAAACAUUUAUUUUAA